UCAAGCUCCACUAUUUUUGCUCUGAUGAGUGUCAUUUCCAGAAAAGGUAGAAACUAGGUAUUGAAGCAUUCCUAGUUUUGCCUUGAACAUGAAAUCAAAAUUAAAGAAUGGCUUAUGUUCUGUGGUGCCUCUUCAUUUACAAGGUGAAUCUGCAACACGUUUUUGCAUGUUCCGCAAAGUGAAGUCAGCUUGCUGUAGUCCAGGAAACAUAGCUGUUUACCUUAAUGUAUAUGACUUGACACCCGUUAAUGGCUAUUUCUACUGGGCAGGCAUAGGUGUCUUCCAUACAAGGGUGGAAGUUCAUGGUGUUGAAUAUGCUUUCGGAGCACAUGACUAUCCAACAAGUGGUGUCUUUGAGCUUGAACCUCGUCAGUGCCCUGGCUUUAAAUUCAAAAAGUCGGUGUUCAUGGGAACAACAUAUUUAGAUCCUAUCCAGCUUAGAGAAUUCAUUGAGCGCCAAUCAGUAAACUACAAUGGUGACUCAUAUCAUUUAAUUGCCAAGAACUGUAAUCAUUUCUCCGAUGAUAUCUGUUACAGGUUGACUGGGAAGCGGAUACCUAAAUGGGUGAACCGGCUAGCAAGAGUAGGUUCGUUGUGCAAUUGCAUUCUUCCGGAAGCCCUCAAAACUUCCACGGUACAACAUGGCACAAAUGUGCAAAACUAUGACAGUGAGAAGAGGAAACUAAGAAGCUCUUUCAAUUGUUUGUCUUCAAUCUCAAUGCGUCAAGGUGAGAGAGAAGUAUCAAUGUCAUCGCUGUUCUUGCACUCUCACCAUAAAGGCUGCCUUCCACUUUGGGAAUCCAAAAAAUCUAGAAGCAGGUCUUUGAAAGAAGGAUAA